CUGUUGCUGCAACUCACUGUGGGAUCUGCAGUCGACCUUUCGGGUUACACACAUGAACGCAGAAAGCUCGCAGGCGCGUCUCCCCGCUAUGCGCGACCAGGAGGACGGUCCGCGGAGUUUAUCAGCACUGCGCCCCCGGCUCUGAGUCUGGAGCUGCUGGACAAACCCCGGGCUCGUCUUUGCGGGGGGAAAAUUUAUUUUUCUCUCUCUUUUAUUUUUAUUUAUUUAUUUUUUUGACCCAACUUGCCGGAGAAUCCGCUGUGAACGAAGGGAGGAAGAAAGGAGGUGGUUUGUUUCGUCGCUGUCUUCUGAGAAAGUGUGAAACAAGUGAAGACAGAGAGCAACAGAUGUUAGUGGUGAACAUGCAGCCGGCGGAGGAAUGAAAGCAGCAGCGAGGCACCGGCGGCCCUUCCAGCGGUUCUGCUGCUGUGGAGUCGGGCUGCUCGCCGUCAUUUGGCUCGCGCAGGUCAUCCAGGCUCCAGAGACAAAGUCCUCUGGGCUUCAGCCAGGCGUGAACGGUGAGCUGCUGCGAUGGACACGCAGGUUGAUGCAGGAGAAGUUAGACAACCAGAGCUUGGAUGAGCCCCGAGCAGCUAUCCAUGAGUUUCCUGAGGACAUCUUUACGAAGGAGCAGAGGAAGAAUGGGGCUGUGCUUCUCCAUGCUCUCUGCGCAAUCUACAUGUUCUACGCUUUGGCCAUCGUCUGUGAUGACUACUUCGUCCCUUCCCUGGAGAAAAUAUCUGAGAACCUGCAUCUCAGUGAGGAUGUGGCUGGGGCAACAUUUAUGGCUGCCGGAAGCUCCGCCCCCGAGCUUUUCACCUCUCUGAUUGGUGUUUUCAUCACCAAAGGCGACCUUGGAGUCGGCACAAUCGUGGGUUCAGCUGUUUUCAACAUCCUGGUCAUCAUCGGGUUGAGUGGGAUCUUUGCAGGCCAGGAAGUGGUUCUGACUUGGUGGUCACUUUUUAGAGAUUCCUGUUACUACAUCUUGUCUGUCCUGGCACUUAUAAUGGUUAUCUACGAUGAGAGAGUUGUCUGGUGGGAGUCGCUGAUCCUCAUGACCAUGUAUGGCAUCUACAUUGUGAUCAUGAAGUUCAACUCCCAGAUUUCAGUGUUUGUGAUGUGCCGGUUGAGGAACAGCAGACCGUGCUGCCGCUCCUCGGAGGGGAACCCAGAGAACAAGGCGGGAGACGAGGCCUCAGCUUGCAACACCUCCAUGGUUCUUCUCAAUAAAGGUCAAGGUCAGGAGUCUCAGCCCGUCCUCAUGGUGGACGAGCUGCUCAUACUCAACCCCCACAAGCUGUCCUUCUCAGAGGCCGGUUUGCGUAUCAUGAUCACCCCCCACUUCUCCCCCCGCACCAGGCUCUCCAUGGCAGGACGGAUGCUUAUCAGCGAGAGACAGAGACUGAUCAGGAGUUCCAAAUACCAGCGAGACGGUGAGGCCGCCGCCGGGUCGAGGAAGGGGUCGCCCAGCAACAACCUGAAGAGGACGGGCUCCUGCAGUCUGGAAAAUGGAGGUGGGACGCCGGGGAUAGGAGACACAGAGGCAGGAGAGAAGCUAGGAGGUGAGGAGUGCAGGCCAGAGGAGGAAGACGACGACGAAGACGACAUUUUUAAUCCUGUGCGCAUGCCAGGCAGUUGCUGUGCGCGGGUGAAGUGGUUCAUCACCUGGCCUCUGGGCCUCCUGCUCUACUGUACUGUGCCUAACUGUUUGCUGCCACGCUGGCACCGCUGGUUCAUGGUCACCUUCGUGGCCUCCACCCUGUGGAUCGCUGUCUUCUCCUACCUCAUGGUGUGGAUGGUCACCAUCAUCAGCUAUACACUAGACAUCCCUGACUACAUCAUGGGCAUAACCUUCCUGGCAGCAGGAACCAGCGUACCUGACUGCAUGGCAAGCUUGAUUGUAGCUCGACAAGGCAUGGGGGACAUGGCCGUGUCCAACUCCAUAGGAAGUAACAUCUUUGACAUCCUGCUGGGUUUGGGCUUCCCCUGGGCUUUACGUACCCUGUUGGUGGACCAUGGAUCUGUAGUGUUCAUAAAUAAUAAAGGUCUUGUAUAUUCCGUCGUCCUGCUGCUGGCAUCAGUGUUUCUGACUAAAUAG